AUGACUCUCAAGCGCAAGAGAUCAUCCUCCGAGCUUGCCUCGUCGCCGCUGUCUUUUGCUUCGACAUUCAGCUCGCCUCCAAGCAAAAGUCUCUCAAUGAUUGACUUUACGCCACGCAUGGGGCUCAUCAACCCGUUCCAUCUCAACAGUCGCACGCUCAAGCGAUUCCGCGACAAUAGGCCCUCACAGGCAGAAAUUCAUCCGCAACAACAGCAGCAACACCAGGAUCCUCCCUCGCCCUGCCCCGACGCCGAAGCUCCUCCUGAGCUGGAGCAGCCCCAGCAGAGACAGGAUCAUAAUCAGCAAUCGCUCCAUCGGUUCUGGAAUAUAAGAUCUCGGCCGACUGCGGCCCCGGAUACCACCAUAGAGCCGAUGCACAUGGACCAACCUUGA